AUGGAACAAUUUCCUGAAAGUUCUGAUGACAGUAUUAUAUCUCAAAUAGCGACACCCUAUCGACGAAAUAGUUAUCAAAUGGCUAUACAUGCACCACAACAUCGAAACAUUACUCGAAUAUCAAAUUAUCGAAAUCAUAUUUCAUCUUUAUCAAAAAAGUUAAAUGAAACAACAUCUCAUUCACUUUAUUUUAUUGAUUCUGAAAUGUUUAUGCCAAAUGGAUCAAUUGAACAAUUACCAUCACGUGGAAUUUUAAAACCAAGUUAUAGUGAACCAAUUGAUACUUUUUCCUAUAAUGAUUUACUUUUAGAAAAUACAAGUGAAUUUUUAGAUUCACCAUUACAUGUUCUACGUUCAUCAAAUCGUUGUUUAUCGACUCAUGAUAAUGAUAAUGAGAAUGAGAAAGAGAAAGAAAAUGAAAAUGAAAAUGAGAAUAAGAGUUCUUCUAUUAAUGAUGUAAAUUUAAUUAAAUCCACUAAAACAAAAUCAACUUAUUAUCGUCUAGUUAUAAUGCGUUCAAUUGCAUCAACAUUAGCAUUAUCUGGUCUUAUGUGUACAGAAAUAUUACAAACAACAAUUUAUUCUUCAAAAACGGGUGUCUAUUCAUUAGUAUCAUUUCAUUUAUCAAUUGUAAUUAGUUCUAUAUUAAUUUCAUAUCAUAUUCAUUAUAUUAAACUUAAAUCAUUAACAUUUACAAUAUCAAAAACAAUUUAUUAUGAUCGAUGUUCACAAAUAUCAAUUAUUUUAUGUACAUGUUUUACUGGUGUAUGGAUUAUAAUUAAUUAUCAAACAAAUUUUAAUUUACUUUUAAUUGGUGCUAUUAUUAGUGGAUUUAGUGUAAGUUUAAUGAAAAUACAAACAUAUGAAAAUCUUUUACAAUGGUGUGCUUCAAUGACUAUUGAUGAAUGUCAAAAAAUAAUUCGACCAAAUUCUAGUACAACAGAUAUUUAUAAUAAUUGGUUAAAAAUUCGUACAUCAACAUUAAUGACAUUUGUAUUUAUUUAUCAUAUUCUUUGUCAAUUAGCUCUAAUUAUUGGUUGUAUUAUGUUAUUUGUUGUUAUUACAUUUCAAGAAUGGAGAAAACAUUAUAUUUUAGUAGCAUAUUAUCCAUGUCUAAUCAUAAAAUGUAUCACCACUGGUGAGACUUUAACUUCAACAUUGAAUAUGACCAUUUAUAAAAAUGAUAAACAACAAGAAUGGCAGUUGGAACCUGAGAGAUACAUAUUUUUUUUAUCUUUAUUAAUAUUUACCUUAUUAAGUUUACUUCCACAAGCAAUUGUUGAAUGGUCAUCAUUACAAACAGCCUUUAAAAAUGAAAAUCGUAUAGAAAAUAAUCAGAAUCUUCAAUAUUAUAGACGUGCACAUAUUUUAGUGUAUAUCCUUCUAUUUUAUAUUGGAUUACAAGAAGCUUAUGUGUACGGAAGUAUGACAAAGUUUUCCGUUUCUUGUUUAUAUGGUAUAAAACAUUUAAUUGAAACAUUAAUUUUAUAUGGAAUUAGUCUAACUAUUUCAAGUAUUUUAUUUGCUGUUCUAUUGAAACGUCUCGGAAGAACGAUCGUUAUUCUAUUAGUAACAUUGUUACAUAGUGUGAUAUUCGUCCUAUUAUAUUUUUGGCGUGAAGAACAAGAAAAUUUUUUAUUUAUAUCUCCUGUUCUAGUUCAAUAUAUAUUAUUUUUUUGUUAUGGAAUUGUGAAUGGUAUUUGGUCAAUGAUUGCAUUUGACUAUUUAUGUAAUCCUUAUGAAAAUCACUCAGCUUCAACUCUUGGCCAAAGUAUAGCUGUUAAUUCAUGUGGACGAAUAGUAAUGUAUCUAUGUCAGUUAUUUAUUUGUCAACGAUGGAUAUUAUAUCUAAAUAUUUUAAUUUUAUUCGUUACUUCAAUUUUGUCUUUUUUAUGUAAUUAUUGUAAACGUAAUUCAAAAUAA